AUGAGACCGAAAAGGGAUAGUGAUAUAUCUGCUAGCAAAGUUGUUUGCAUCAAACCACGAUAUCCAGAUCAUAAUAAUAUAUUCGAUGACUUCGCAACCACAAUUCCAAGUACUUCAAAUGCUUCGAAUUUUCAUUCUUCAACUCCUGUUGGUAAAAGGACGACAAGUGUAUCUUACCGACUGUCGUCUAACGACGCUGUCGUCAAUGCUUCCAUGAUAAUGAAGAAAGUGCUCGAUACAAAUAUGGAAAUCAUCAACUUGUGUACGAAAAUGCUGAACAUUAUGACUACUGACAGCAAAUCUCGAUGGCAAACUCACCACCAUUCAGCCAACGAUUAUUACGCACUAAAGCUUCCGAUUGAGAAUGAAGAACACUUAGAAAAGCUGGAAGCAUCUUUAAGCGACGAAAAAUUCAAGGGGAUAUAUACAUUUAAAAUGUUUGACUGUCUUCAAAGUGAUCCGAAGUUGUCACUUAAAGUGAUGAUGCGAACUGUUCUCAAACCUGAAGUUGGCUUGACGUUUACAUUUCAAGGAACUAUGACAAAGUCCAGCAUUUUGCCCUAUACCUUCUAUCAAAUUAUGAGAUAUGUAAUUUUGGCAAAAUUCUCCAGUCGACUGAUGCCGACGAGAGAGGUUGAUGACAUUCUAGACAAAGCCACGAAAUCAUACUUUCAUAAUUUGAAAGAUCAUGUUCGGAGGCGUUCGAAGCUGAGGAAAGAAAUUCAGGCAAGUAAAGAAGAAACCAGCAGAGGAAGAGAAAGUAGUGACAGUUAUGGAAAUACACCACCUUCAUCAAAUUAAAUGCUGAAAAUGAUCUGAACAGACGUUUUCCUCAACUGCACUGCGCUGCCCGUGGAUCUCAUUUGACAGAUUUGCAGUGGCAUCGUAUCAUAAAUUCAAAAUACACAAUUCUCC